AUGCACCCGAACUACUACUAUCAUCUGAAAUUCGAACUAUAUCAAUUUAAUUCCUCCUCGGAUAAAGCAGAGAGUAUAGAAAAGAAAAAAAAAGACUGUGAAAAAGGCCUAUGGAUACCUCCGUCAAGUAGUGACAUUUUCAACUCAGUGAACUGGCCUGGAAAAGAUUGGGAACAUACCUUGUCAAAUCUCAAAGCUGAGAAAGUAAUAGAGUGUGACAGCCCGCUUGGUACGGUUAAGAAAAAUAAUAAAGUCUCAGGAAUAAUUUACUAUCGAAAUUCAUUUCAUGGGAGAGAUAAGGAAGAAAAAUUAGGUACAUUUGAUAGUAAAUGGAACAAUAGUCCUGGAUCUAGAUUGAAUCCUAGAAACACUGUUAAAGAUUGUGGCCCUAAUAGAGCUGGAAAGAUAGAAAACAAAGCUGCCAAAAUUAAAGCUACCGAAAGCGUAAAAACAUAUUCCAAAAAUUGUUUACAAUCUUUAGAACAAGAGUCGACGAAGAGAAGGUUUUCACUAGCGAAAAAAGACUGGAGAUUCGGACUAGUCGUGAUAGUCAGCAUAGAUGAAGGAAUGACCUCCUAUACGAAAGAUAUGAAUAACUCUGUUAAGAAUGGGACCGGAAAACAUAACCGUCUAGAUUAUGAAAGGGGAAUAACGGAUAGCUUAUCAACUGAAGAUGAUCGUAUGAGAGCUGUUAAGGCAAAUUUGGAGCUGAUUCAGGGGAAAGAUACAAAAAUGGGAUGGGGAAUAGUACAUUUCUACCGAGAAGGUGAUGAGACGCCAUUAUCUGAAUUUAAGAGAGAUGAUCUAGAGGCAGAAAAGAAGCAGUGUACUACUCUUUGUAUACCCGCGGUACCAAGUUAUCUUACGGCUUCAUAUUUUCUUGAUUGGGUUGGGGAGAAAACGAGAGAACAAGUCAGUCAUUUUCGAAUGGUGAUGACGGGAGAAUUAACUAGAUAUCUGGCACUAAUGAAAUUCCGCGAUGAAAAGGCCGCAAGAUUGUGGAAAGAAGAAUGGGAUGGAAAAUUAUUUAAAAAUACGGAGCCAGAAAUAUGCCACGUCGUUUUCAUCAAAAGUAUAACCUUUAACGCACCACCAGUCGAUAUUGCCACCCAAUCAUCUGCCAGUUUUCCAUUUUCGACUCAUGACUCUUUUACGCCUUCUAGUAUAAUAAAACCAACAGCUUCUUUAAUUGAACUUCCGACUUGUCCCGUCUGCUUGGAGCGUAUGGAUGAGACAUCCGGCCUCCUCACCAUACUAUGUCAACACAUGUUUCAUUGUGCCUGCCUUUUGAAAUGGAAAGAUUCAUCUUGCCCUGUUUGUAGGCAUACGAAUUCGUCUCAAAAAUUUAGCCAAGAAAUGCCUUUUGGCUCAGGAAAAGCGUCACUCUGCAGUACAUGUGACUGCGAUGAUGAUCUCUGGAUAUGUCUUAUCUGCGGAAAUGUUGGUUGUGGACGCUAUAAAGGUGGCCAUGCCAAGGAACAUUGGAAGGCCAGCUCGCACUGUUUUGCUCUAGAAAUUGAGACACAGCACGUAUGGGACUACGCCGAUGAUGUAUGGGUUCAUCGACUAAUCCGUGAUAAAGGCGACAGCAGUAAGAUUAUUGAGCUACCUAGCCAUACCAGCGGUAAUAUGAUUGAUUCUCAUCGUAGUCUUAGCGAGCAAGAUAUGGUACCGCGCAGUAAACUGGAUGUUCUUGGCAUAGAAUAUACACAUCUUCUUACAUCCCAACUUGACUCUCAACGGAAUUACUAUGAAGCACUUGUCAACGAAGCCACUUCUAAGGCUACUUCUGCCUGUUUAGCAGAAACUUCGGCGACCAAGGCGGCAUCUGAAGCUCUUGCAAAAUUACGCUCGCUAGAAGAUGACUAUGCUACUAUUCAGUCUAAUCUAGCAGCCCAAAGUCGCGACCUUGAGCGAGAAAAGCGCAAAGCUGACAAAAGUGCUGAAAUGGCCCGUGAAUUUAGUAAUAGUCUUGUUGAAGAGCGGCGUGUAAGUGAGGGUCUUAUGAAGCGAAUUGAACAUCUAAAUUCGAAGCUGGCAAGCACUACACUAGAGCAAGAGGUCCUUAAAUCAGAGAUCUGUGAGCUACAGAGCACGAACCACGAUCUUCUAUUUAAUCUAAGCGUAGGCGAAAAAAUGCGAGCCAUGGAGGCCAGUGGAGAAGCUGGCUUAGCCAAAGGAGAACUAGAGGCAGGCAUUGUCUGCCUACCAGAUCCACAGCCGGAAGAAGUAGAAAAAAGACGUCGAAAAUCACGCGGCAAAGGAAAGAAGAAAUAG